GUUCAGAAAGAACGAGAAGCAGAAGGAGAUAUGUUCGCAGACAAAGAAAAAUUUGUCACAUCUGCUUACAAACAGAAAAUGCUAGAAAUGCAAGAAGAGGAGGAAAAAGAGAAACGAGAGGCAGCUUUUGAGACCAUGACUGAGGUUACAAAACAAAAGGACAUGAGUGGCUUUUACCGUUACUUAUACAGGGAGACAACCGGGACUCAACUAAAGUCUGACGAAAGCAAAAAUUCAGAAGUAAAAGUAGAGCCUGAUGAUUCUCCUAGACAGAAGCCUGAGCCGCCACCUGGAAAAUUAUCCUCUUCAUCAGACUCUUCGAAAUCAAGAUCACCUCGUAGAAGUAAAAAUGAGAAGGAUUAUUCCAGGGAAGAUAGCAGCAAAGUACAAGCUUUGAAACAUAGAAGAUCCCAGUCUCGUUCACCUUCUCUGGAUGUUGACAGGAGAAGACGAGACAAGUCCAGAUCUAGAGAAAGAAGUAAGAAAGAUCAUAGCUCAAGAGAGAGUAGCAGAAAAAACAAACACCAGAGAUCAAGAUCCAUGGAGAAAUCUAGAAGAUCAAGGUCAGCUUCAAGAGAGAAGUCUAGAAGAUCAAGGUCAGCAUCAAGAGAGAAGUCUAGAAGAUCGCAGUCAAGAGAAAAGCUCAGAAGAUCACGGUCAAGAGACAGGUCCAAGAAAAAGAGUUCAAAUCCAAGAAGUAAUAUUGAAAGAGGUGGACCUUCUAAAUCAGAUUCUGUUGACCUAAGAAGAAAGUAUAAUCCUUCAAAAACACCAUCCUCAGGAGAAGAUGGUGAAAAAGAACAAUUGAAGAACAAGUCCACAGAAGAAAUGAAAUCGUCUAAAAAAUCAGACAAAGCUGAAAUCAAGGGAAAAGACAAGAGGUUAAAUAAAGAAUUUAGUGGACAAAGCAGUACUUCUCCAUCUUCCGAAAAAAGUGAUACUGCAACAGCUGAAAAAGAUAUAACUGGCAAGUCUGAAAGUGCCGACUUGGCAAUACCUGCUAGCAAACCACUUCCUGUCGAUCCAGCUAAAAGGGUUUAUCCUCAUCACAAUUCAUCGAAGGAUAUUGAAGAAGCAAGGAAACGUUAUCUACAAAGAAAAGCAGCAAGUGGAGGAAUAGUUUAA